AUGGCAGAUCAGAAACGUAUUCCAAAUGGAGUAAAGUUUGCGUUUGGAGGUAUUGCGGGGUAAGUCUCUGAUUUAUAUUGUUCAUGGUUUAGAAUGGGGGCCACAUUGUUCGUACAGCCGUUGGAUUUGGUGAAAAAUCGGAUGCAGCUCUCGGGAACGACAGGGAAGAAAGAAUAUAGAUCCAGCUUACAUGCCCUGAGGACUAUCGUGGCUAAUGAAGGAUUUCUGUCUGUAUAUAACGGGCUUUCAGCUGGACUGGCUCGACAGGCAUCUUACACUACUACUAGACUGGGUAUUUACACAUGGUUGUUUGAAACUUUUAGGUAUGUUUAUAGUUCUUGUGUAAGAAUAUUUAUUAUUUUCUGAAUUAAUUAGUUGUUUCUUAAAAUGUAAACUAAUAUAAAAUGUGUUGUAAUGAAUAAUAUGUGGAUAAUAUGUGCAGCAAAGACAAGACGCCGUCGUUUUUGAUGAAGGCUGGUCUCGGAAUGACUGCUGGUGCUAUUGGUUCUUUUGUGGGUAAUCCAACAGAAGUCGCUUUGAUUCGCAUGACAGCAGAUGGACGUCUUCCAGCAGCAGAACGACGAAAUUACACUAGCGUCUUCAAUGCUAUUGCCAGGAUCUACAAAGAAGAAGGUCUGCGUGCUCUGUGGAGAGUAAGUUGUUUUUUAGUUGAUUAUAGGGUUUUUGGUUAAGUUCGGCAAUAAAUAGCGAGUACAGUUUUAUAAACAUAUUUCAGUAUUGCUUUUAGGGAUGUAUACCAACAAUCGGGAGAGCUAUGGUUGUCAAUGCUGCUCAACUGGCUACAUAUUCGCAAGCUAAACAAGCCAUAUUGGCUACUCAGUACUUAGAAGACGGCAUCUUUUGUCACUUUGUGGCUUCCAUGAUCAGUGGACUGGCCACAACUAUUGCCAGCAUGCCUGUUGACAUUGCUAAGACACGGUAAAGGUUUUGUUUAUUUAUAUAUUACUUUUUGUUUUUUUUACGUUGCUAUUGUAUCAGUACUUCCCAAAAGGAAUGAAAAAAAAAUCGUGCCGUACAUAAACAUUUAAGUUUUUUUCCAGAAUCCAGAACAUGAAGGUCAUUGACGGAAAGCCAGAAUACUCUGGAGCCGUGGAUGUGUUGAAGAAGGUGGUCAAAAACGAAGGAUUUUUUGCAUUGUGGAAAGGAUUCACACCUUACUACAUGAGACUAGGCCCUCACACUGUGCUCACAUUCAUCAUUUUGGAACAGAUGAACUCUAUGUACUUCAAGUUCGUACUCAAGGUCGAAGGUCACAGUGCCAUGUAA